AUGUCGGCGACGGGUUAUGAUUAUCUUACCGAGUUCGUCGAGGAGACAACGUUUUACAACCGAAUGGUUCUAAGUCAUCUUUUGCCGGCGAAUUAUUGGGAACCAUUACCACAUUUCCUCCAAACAUGGCUCCGGAAUUACCUCGCCGGAAACCUACUUUACUUCAUCUCCGCCUUCCUCUGGUGCUUCUACAUCUAUUACCUUAAACUCAACGUUUACUUCCCCAAAGAUUCCAUUCCUACAAGAAAGGCAAUGAUUCUUCAAAUAUAUGUUGCAAUGAAGGCUAUGCCUUGGUACACUCUUCUUCCAGCUAUCUCUGAGUAUAUGAUCGAACAUGGUUGGACCAAAUGUUACUCAACACUCGACCAAUUCAACUGGUUCCUCUGUUUUGUUUACAUCGCGGUUUAUCUUGUUUUAGUUGAGUUUAUGGUUUAUUGGGUUCACAAAGAGCUUCAUGACAUUAAAUUUCUCUAUAACCAUCUCCAUGUGACUCACCAUAUCUACAACAAGCAAAACACUCUCUCUCCAUUUGCCGGGCUCGCAUUCCAUCCGUUGGACGGGAUACUUCAGGCUGUACCGCACGUGAUAGCUCUGUUUAUAGUGCCGAUUCAUCUCAUUACACAUUUGAGUCUUUUGUUUUUGGAAGGGAUUUGGACCGCGAGCAUCCAUGAUUGCAUCCAUGGUAACGUUUGGCCUAUAAUGGGUGCAGGAUACCAUACCAUACACCAUACAACAUACAAGCAUAACUAUGGUCAUUAUACCAUUUGGAUGGAUUGGAUGUUUGGCUCCCUAAGGGUUCCCUUAGCAGAAGAAGACAGCUUCAACAAAAAGAAAGCAAAGUGA